UGCGUCUAUAGGAAAAGGCGUGCAGCGUGUAUCGCUGCCUAACUUGCAUUCCGAUGGAUCUCUUAAUCAUCGAACAGUCAGAAAUGAUGUGAAAUCGUGGGGUCAUUUUUUUUCUUUCUUUCUUGUAAGCUUGUAACUGGCGAAGUACUAGUCAGGACUGUUUCAAAAUAAGACCAGCCGAGCCAUACUGGACACGUCCUACUACUGAGGAGGUCUGAGGACAAAAAACAUUAACACGACCACUCUUUCUUCAAAUGGUAACAUUGGCAUCGCUGAGUCCUGGUAUGGGAAGGAACUAGCUAGCUGUUGGUAGCUAGUCAUAAAUCAUUGGGUGGAAGCCGCUGUAAAAAAAGAAAAAAGAAAAAAAGAAAAAAGAAGAGCCCGCAGUCCUGAGGUGGAAAUGACCAAACGGAAAGGGUAACGCCAUGUGCUGUUCGGAGAUGAGAGCGCGUAGGAGCAUGUGAAGAUGUCCCUCAAGACAGCAAAAACAUGGUCCAUCAGACUGAUAAUGGUGCUGCUCUUCUUCGUCUCCUUCUACUUCUCCCACGUGUUUCUCCAGAGUUACACAGGCACCGGCAAGCCCCCCGCCCCCAGCAAGACGGCGUGCGACGGCUGGAUGAUGUCGAAGAAGUGGGAGGCCCUCGGCUUUAAUGUGAGCAGAAACACGCAGCUGUUCCUGAGGCUGGGGGAUUUCUUCUGGAAAGACUGCUCCUCGUCGCUGCCGUUACCGUACGGCGUGAAGGGCAGUGAGGCGUACCUCCUGAAGGUUCUGGCCAGCGCGGCAAGCUACAGAAUGCCAGACAGCGUCAAGAGCUCGCUGUGCAGAACCUGCGUGGUCAUCGGAAACGGGUUCAGCAUCAAGAACAGCUCGCUAGGGGGCGCUAUAAACAAGUACGACGUGGUGAUCAGGCUGAACGACGCUCCCGUACGGGGCUACGAGGACGACGUCGGCAACAAGACCACCAUGCGCUUCUUCUACCCGGAGUCGGCCUCCUCCAACCCCGGCGUCCACAACGACCCGGACACCCUCAUGGUGCUGGUGCCCUUCAAACAGCAGGACCUGCGCUGGAUCAAGGAGAUCCUCAAUGACGAGAAGAGGGAGAGGAAGGGGUUCUGGAAGCCCCCUCCUCAGUUCUGGCUGGGGAACCCCAAGCAGCUCCGCAUCCUGGACCCCUUCUUCCUGCACCAGACCGCCAGCCGGCUGCUCAACAUCCCCCUCAAGCCAAAGAGCAACCAGAAUCCCGUGCACCCCACCACGGGGAUCUUGGCCAUAUACGUCGCCCUCAACUUCUGCGACAUGGUGCACGUAGCCGGAUUCGGGUACCCCGAGUCGAGGAACCACAAGCAGCCCAUUCACUACUACGGGCAGGACACAAUGAAAUCCAUGAAGGAUUCCUACCAUGACCUCAGACAUGAAGCAGACGCUAUAAAGAGGCUGGAGGACUCGGGUGCCAUCCUGUUGCUGAGUCACCCGUCCUGACUGACGGACUGCUUCCGCUCUCUCACACACACACACACGCGCGCGCGCGUGUACAUGCGCAUACUGGCACACACGCAUGCAUGCUCGCACAUUUUAUCUCUCUCACCAACAGACACACACACAGUCUCUCACACACACACAUGCACACACAUUCUGCGUGGGACUGCUAGUGUUGUUGUACACACACACACACACACACACACAUGGUCCAGACAGGCCAGUAAAACAAGCCGGUAAGGUCCGGCAUUGUGUACGUAGUUUCGCAGGUUCGUGAACACCCUGCUCUUUAGAUACACCAAAGCAGCGGUCAAAUAGAAAUAAGAAAAUGUGUGCUCAGUGCUGCACAGACCUUGCGGCAUAGAUUGUAUAGCAUACCAUUUUUUAAAAGUCGGGCCAGACAUGCCAUGUGAAAAACGAACAUCAUCAAGCAUCCGAAAAACAAUGUUAAAACACACUUAGCCUUCACAGAGAACCACUUGUCGUCGGUCCUCUAUUUUAUUGACAUUUUAUUGGCUGUUGGAAAUCCCCCCCCGCCGCCCCUUCUUCAUGGUGGCCACGCCUUCAUGGGGAACAGAAUCGGAGAAUGCUCCGGAACUCUUUCUGUACCCAGAACCCUGCGAGGACAUCCUGGUCGGGCCCAGUGGCAGUCGCCCCUUGUGCCUGACACAGUGCGCGUGUUGAGGUGUCGUGCCGAGGUACGGCCACGUCGUUGGCUUUCGGAGCGAGCGCCCAGAGACAGUUGCUGGAAACGGUGAUGUGGGUCACAUCACCGCUGGACGAUUGGAAUUUUGUGGGCGGGGCUACGUCCAGAAUCCCCACCAGUGACCCGCCAUACUGUGACAGAGACUCUGAGCUUUUUUUUUCGGGGGAGCUGGAGGUCGUUUUUAAAUUGCUCUUCUCAUUGGAAAUAAAAGGCAUGGUGGAAGAACUGAAA